UUCAUAACCUCAAACGCUCCUUAUGUUUUGUAAAUAUGAGUAAUUUAUACGAAGAAUAUUUAAAUAACUUUAGACAGAAAAAUGCAGAUCGUGCUCCAAGUAGAUACAAGAAAAAGUUAAUGUAUAUAAAGCAGCUAAUUCGUGAAUAUGUUCAUGAAAAUGCAGCCUUGGUCGACGAGUUAGAGGAAGUGCAGACUAAAAUAUUAAUGAGGAAGGAGGAGAGGAAGUUCUUAUUGAGAAAACUCUGUGAAUAUGAACCACAAAUUUUACAAGAAGUUCAAAAUGCUGCUGCAAAAAUCUCUGGAUCAAACCAUGUUCCUCCAGUAGAGAAUUCUAAGAAAACCAAAAGGAAACAUUCAGAUUCACAUGAGAGGAGAUCAUCAUCCUCAAAACCUCGCAAAUCAGUUUCUUCUAAAGGCCGUAAAAAAAUUGUUCAACCAAUACCAGUAGAUAACACAGGAAGACCAAUAUUUCCGAUAGAAUUGGGACAAUUAACAAUUCAUUCUUUGGGAGAAGUCAUUACAGAUCGUUCAGAAUUUCACUGUGAAGAUGCAAUAUUCCCUGUUGGUUUUGUGUCUACAAGAAUAUAUGGUAGUUUGAAAGAUCCUAAUGUAAAAUGUAUCUAUACUUGUAAGAUAUCAGAUAUUAAUGAUUUACCCAGAUUUGAAAUUGCAGCAGAUGAUGGCUGCUCCCCAAUUGUAGGAGACACUCCAGAUGUGUGUCACUCUCUACUUCUACAGAAGAUUAAUGAUGCACUUUCCUUAAAUGUAGUUAGUACUAGACCAAGAGGAAACGAUUUCUUUGGAUUGACUCAUCCCACUGUUCUCAAUUUAAUUCAAAAUUCACCUGGAACCAGAAAAUGCACUUACUACAAGUGGAGCAAAUUUGAAGUAUCAAAGUCUGGAGAUCCACAUCCCGAAUUUAACGAUGCUGGCUUGAAUUAUGAGCAUCUACAAAGAAGUAUUAGUUUUUUUAAAUAUAAGAUGGCACCAGAUAUAUUACAGAAGCCUGAACAUUUUGCUUAAAUUUUAUUAAUAAAUAUUCUACUUAAAAUUGCGAAAACUGUCAACUAAAUACAAUAAAAUAAUUAUAAAAAAUUAAAAUCUAUUCAUAUUUUAAUAAUGAUAUAAAAAGCUAAAAUAUGUUGAAAUUGAAAAU